AUGUGUUCCCGCGGGGCCUCGGCUUCAGGCGCCCGGUCCCGGGACAAGGACAGGAUCCGCGCUGCCCUCAGCCAGGUCUUCGGCCAUGAGUCGUUCCGGUCGGCGUGCCAGGAGAGCGCGGUCAGGGCGGUUGUAAGAUGUGAUGGGGAUGUCUUUAUUUGCAUGCCAACGGGAGCAGGGAAAUCUCUGUGUUAUCAGUUACCAGCUGUGAUCGCUGAAGGAGUAACCAUUGUGAUCUCUCCACUGAUAGCACUUAUUCAGGAUCAGCUUGAACACCUGCACAUCCUGAAGAUCCAAGCACAUUCCUUGAACUCCAAGCUCAGCGCAGAGGAGCGGAAGAUGGUCCUGUCUGACCUUUGGUCUGCGAAACCCCGCAUUAAACUGCUCUACAUCACGCCCGAGAUGGCCGCCUCCAACACCAUGGGACCUGUCAUUGAUUCACUGCUGGCCCGGAAGCUCCUGUCGUACCUGGUUGUCGACGAGGCGCACUGUGUGUCUCAAUGGGGGCAUGACUUCCGACCUGACUACCUCAAGCUGGGGCUCUUGCGCAGCAAGAUGCCCAGCGUCCCCUGUGUGGCUCUGACUGCCACAGCCCCAAAGCAAGUACAAGAUGACACCAUUGCUUCUCUCCAGCUGAAAGAGCCCAUUGCAAAUUUCAGGCGUCCAUGCUUCAGAGCGAAUCUAUUUUAUGAAGUUCUCUUCACAGAGACUCUGACUCAACCCUUUGUAAAUCUAAAAGGAUUCUGUGAACAGGCUCUAGGGAAGAAGAAUACUUCAGGGAAGUUCAGUGGCUGUGGUAUAAUUUACUGUCGGACCAGGAACUCGUGUCAAGAGGUAGCAGAGGAGCUGACGCAGAGAGGAGUGGAGGCGAAAGCUUAUCAUGCUGGGCUAAAGAACUCAGAACGCACAGAAGUGCAGCAGGAGUGGAUGGAGGGCAAGGUGCCAGUGAUCGUGGCGACCAUCAGCUUUGGGAUGGGUGUGGACAAGGCAAAUGUUAGGUUUGUUGCCCAUUGGAAUAUUGCAAAGUCGAUGGCUGCUUAUUACCAAGAAUCUGGUCGAGCAGGAAGAGAUGGGAAACCUUCAUUCUGUCGAGUUUACUACUCCAGGACAGAUCAAAAUAGCAUCACCUUCCUGAUCAAGAAGGAGAUCGCUCAGAUGCAGCACAAGAGAGGCUGUGUAAAAAACUCUGACAAAUCCUCCAUGGUGGGCUUUGAGGCGCUUGUCACCUUCUGCGAGCAGCCAGGGUGUCGGCAUGCAGCCAUUGCCAAAUAUUUUGGAGAUGAAAUGCCAGUCUGUAAUCGGGCAUGUGAUCACUGCAAAAAUCCAGACACUGUGAUGAAGCAACUGGAUCUCCUUCAGAGGCUCGACAUCCGCAAGGCGCAAGCAUUGGUUACAAAGCCAGCUGCUGCAGGGCCAUUCGGGUACAUCAGUGACUUGUAUGCAGGGGGAAGAAAAGGCUAUGGCUUUGAAAGAUAUGAUAAUGAAGAUGGUGAUAGUGGAUCAGAUGAAGAAAGUGGGCACAGAACGAAAGAAUGGAAUACGUUUUAUGAUAAGCAGAUGAAUCUGAGGAAGAAUGGAAAACCUGUAAAGGAUACCUUUGUACCACCAGAUCCCGACUGUCCCCUCCGCGAUGCAGCUAAUCAGAAAAUACCAAAGCUCUCCGUCAAGGCACGAGAACAUUGUCUACACAUUCUGGAGGAAGCACUGAUUAUGAAUAAAGGGCAGGAAGACACAAAAGCAGAGAGUGCCGACCCUCACUCAUGUGCCAUAGAGAUGGAACAUGAAGCUUUCAAAGCUACCAAGAUGGCGAAUCUAUAUAAGGCAUUGAUACUCAGAAAGGUUGCGGAAAUUAAGAAGUCGAUUCAAAAUGGACUGCUGUAUCCAAAACUGACAGAAAUGGACAAUAGAACAUAUACUACGGCAAUAGCAGAUAGCGAUAAAGACAAUGAAGCAUUCAUUUCUGCAUCACAGCUCUAUUCUUUUAAGUCAAAGCGUGUUGCAGGAGGAGUUAAGAUUUUGUCCAGCCCAUUCCAAACCGCAGGAGAUCUGCUGAAGAACUCUGUGCCAGUGGAGAGUGAGCAAAAGAAUUACACAAACUUGGAUGAUCCGAUCUACAACUUAAACAGCACACUGAAGAAAAAUCCUCAGGGUUACACACAUCCUUCUGUAGACAACAAUGGGAAGACAAAUCAAUCCUCGCCUCUUCUUGCCAGUCCCAACAAGAAAAAAUCUACCAAAAGCAAAUUGCUUGCAGAAAGUGCCAAGAAGGACUCUCAGAAUAUCACUAAAUUUUUUCAGCAAAACAAAUCUCAAGGAGUAGCCAUGAAUACAACCAAAAGUCUCAGUGAUGAUUAUAGCUCUGUAGUCAAUGAUGCGCAAGAGACGGACAGCAGGAAAACACUCUCUUCCACUGUGGCCUUUUCUGAAAAACUGGAAUCAUUCCCAGAUCCAAUUAUAGUAACUAAAACCAGAAAUGUGGAUAAAUAUUUGCAAUCCAAUCAUCAUGUGGAAGAAAAGACCAGCGACAGACUCGGAAGCCUAGGAAAAGCUCCUGAUGUGAGCAGCCAAUUGUGGCAUGGCACUCAUUCCGCUGGUGAGAAAAGAAUAUUAACAGAUGAGGAAUCUGGAAUAAUCGAUCCAAAGCGACGGCGAACGAGUAUCAAUCCCUCCAUUUUAUAUCCUCCUGAUCUUAAGGGCAAUAAGAUGAAGAAGAAGGUUACCUUUGACCCAUUGCAUCAGGACAGUACUGAAGUGCUUCCAGCUGCAUCAAAAGGAGGACAACUGAAACAGACUGCAGAUAUUGUUGUCAAGUGCCUAACCCCUUAUUACAAAGAGGGAAAGUUUGCUUCUAAGGAUUUGUUUAAAGCUUUUGCACGUCAUCUUUCUCAUUUACUGGCUGUUGGAGAGAAUGCAUCGAAGAAAAAUGUGAAAGAAGAGGUCCAGCAAAUAAUCCAUUGCUUCUUUAAAAGUCGCCGGAAGUGUGAGAGUGAAAAUGACUGGAGGGACCUGCAUGCAUCAUAGCCGUUCUAUUAUACUUGACACUGGCAGGAAGCAAUUUAUUUUUUAUUUAUAUUUGGUUUGACUAUUUAACGUGGCAUUGGUGCUAUAGAGCCAUUUAUUCUUUGGCAUAGCCACAUCAAUCAGGGCUGAUCUCAGUAAUUAGGUAAAAAGACAUUCAAUUCUAUGCAAAAUCUUUGGACUAUGCACCAGGCCGCAUGAAUGAGAAUGAAUGUGUUGUUAUUGUUCUGUUGUAAUUAUUGAGAGAAUUGCAAACUGAGAUACUUUAUUAAAAUAAAGAUUUUUCCAAACAA